AUGAUAAACUCGCAAGAACAUGAACUGAAAUAUAUGGGAGAGGGCUACUAUCAGGAUACUGUGGCAGUGGCAAUUAAAUGCAAUGUAAUUGAAAUGGCGAAGAUCAUGACUUUCUUCACAACUAUUGAUUUCUCAAACAACACUUUCAGAGGAGAGAUUCCAAAUGCAAUCAGUAAGCUUAAAUUAUUGAAGGGGCUUAAAUUUUCUCAUAAUGAGCUUACAGUAUCAAAGUUCAAUGUUUCAAAAAAUCAACUUGUGGGGCCCAUACCUCAUGGCAAGCAAUUUGAUACAUUUGAAAAUGAUUCAUAUAGUGGGAAUACCGAAUUGUGUGGAUUGCCACUUUCUAAAAUAUGCAAUGCACAUCAAUCACCACCAUCGUCAUUCCAACAAGAGGAUGAUUUGGAGCAUGGGAAUGGUUUUGAUUGGAAGGUAGUGUUGAUGGGGUAUGUAUCUGGGGUGGUAAUGGGAAUAUCUGUGGGAUAUCUUGUCCUCUCUAAUGGAACACCAGAUUGGCUUGUUAAAAUGGUAGGAAGAAAGCAACGUCGUAGAACUGUUGAAAUCACAUGA